UGUGUCCCUCCUUCUGAUAUUAGCAUUAGUUAACUAAAACAUCCUGCUGACAAACCAUGCUUCUCUGCAGUAAAACAUUGAGGAUUUAUUCACAGAUAUGUCACAUAUCGAACAGACAGCUCAGCACGGUGACAGUGCAGAAAAACAGGAACGUCUCCACUCAGCUCAGGAGACUCUGUCACUUCAGCGGGGUUCGUCCCUUUGCUGAACACACGCAGCAUCCCGUCUGUCAUCCUCCAAACACAUGGUUUGGGAGCAGAAUUGGUGGGUCCUGGAGGAAAAACAUCCAUCUGACUUCAUCAAGUCUGGAAAAAUCCACCCCUGUGAUAAGUGAGCUGUCAGAAGCCGCAUAUGAGAAGCUGGCAGAUGAAACAUUGGAUGCUUUGGCUGAUUUCUUUGAAGACUUGACAGAUGAAGCUGUCACUGGAGCAGACUAUGAUGUUGUCUUCUCCAGUGGUGUUUUGACAGUGAAGGUUGGCGGAGAUCAUGGAACCUACGUCAUCAACAAACAAACACCAAACAAACAGAUCUGGCUUUCUUCUCCUACCAGUGGACCGAAGCGCUACGACUGGACAGGUGAACGCUGGGUGUACACUCAUGAUGGUGUUAGCCUCCACCAGCUACUUUCUAAAGAGUUUUCCAUCAUCUUCAAUGUCAACAUGAACCUGUGUGACCUGCCCUAUUCUUGAAACCUCAUACUGGCUAAUGGCCUGCUUAUAUCAUAACUAUUGUACGUUGCAGAACAACUUUUAGAUGAGAAGGGAGCCAAAGACACACCAUGUACAGUACUGUCUAUAAGUUUGGAUACGCCUAUUUAUUCAAAGUAAAAAAACGCACAAAUAUGUGAAUAUGUUUUAAUUUUCUUGAUUCUUGUAUGUUCCCACCUUUUACUUUGAUGACAGAUUUGUACACUUGCCUCUCUCAAUCAGUUUCAUAAGGUUGUUACCUACAGUUUUUCCAAUGACCUUAAAUGAAAUUAAAUUGAAUUUCCCUUCUGGGAUAAAUAAA